CUGCGCUUGAGGCCAAAUCUUCAGUUGCAACGAACCAUGUACAGCCAGUACGAGCAGCAUGAACCGAUGCUGGGGAAGCCCGAGCCGGCGCCUCCAGGGAACCACCGCCAUGGAAGUCCACCACCCGUGCAUUCCAUGCGAUUGGAAAAGCCAGCACCCAAGUGCAACGAUGCGUUCUUCGCCAUUCUCUUUGUCGGGCACCUCGUCGCGAUCGCAUACUUUGCGUUUACGUCGGGACUGGACUACUUGAAGCACUUUGAAUCGGAGCAUCCGUCGCAGGCAGCGCACAAGAGCUUCACGAUGGUGCUUGGGGUCAGCGGCGGCCUCAUUGGGUUUGCGGUCGUGUUUUCGGCGCUAUGGAUCCAAGUGCUGAUGGCGUGCGCGGAGAAUAUGAUUCGAUUCGCGCUGUGGAUGAACGUCGGCAUGAUGUUUGGGUUUGCGAUCAUGUCCAUGUUCGUGAACCCGUUCAUGGGUCUGUUCUUCCUCCUCGGCGCCGCCAUCAACAUUUGGUAUUGUCGUCCAUGUAGACAUGUGAGCUCACACGUUUCUUGGACUAGCUACAUCAACGCUGUGCAGAAUCGCAUUGCGUUUGCCUCUGCGCACCUGAAACUCGCAUGCGUUGCGUUGAGCAACCACAAGUCGAUCUUUGCCCUGGCGCUGCUGUUCAUCUUUGUCCAGGUCGCGUGGUUGGUGACGUGGUCGCUCAGCGCCGUCGGUGUCUACCAACUCUUCCGGUCCGCCGAUCCAUCUUGCGAACAGGAGGAGUCUCGCGGCGAACUGUGCGGCGGGGCCGGCUUCAACGUGACCAUCUUCUUCCUCCUCGUGUCGGUGUACUGGGGCCAGCAAGUCAUCCAGAACGUCAUGACGUGCACGGUCGCCGGCACCGUGGCCACAUGGUGGUACAAUGCGCGCACCGAGAGCGCCGUCGCUGGCUCGUUGUACCGGUCGUUGACGUCGUCGUUCGGGUCGAUUUGCUUUGGAUCGCUCAUCGUUGCAGUGUUGCAGGCUCUGCGCACGAUUGUGCGCACGAUCAAGAACAAAGCCGCAGAAGACGACAACGUGGGGCUGGCAUGUGUGGCGUGCCUGGCCGAGUGCAUUUUGAACUGCAUUGAAAGCCUCGUUGAGUACUUCAACAUGUGGGCGUACACUUACGUGGGGAUCUACGGUUUUGACUUCCGGUCCGCCGGGAAGGCGGUGAUGCAGCUGUUUGACAGCCGCGGGUGGACCGCCGUGAUCAACGACGACUUGUCGUCGACGGCGCUGUCGAUUGGCGCGUUCGGUGUGGGCGUGCUCACCGGCGUGAUUGGCUUGGUGGUGGCCAAGUUUGCGCCGGUGGACUGGACAGUUGGGUUUGGGGCCGACGACACGACUCGAUAUGUGAUCUUUGGGGGACUGGGGUUCAUUGCCGGGUUUAGCAUGGCCAUGAUCUUGGCGAAUUUGGUCAUCACGGCGCUGCACACGAUAUUUGUGUGCUUUGCAGAGGACCCGGUGUCGUUUCAACGGUCGCAUCCGGAACACUACAACGAGCUCAUCCUCACGUGGCGCCACUUUCAGCCGGACGCGCUCGUCGCGGCCUAUGGCUCGUACGUGUAACCGGCCCCACACUAGUAACUACUAGUAGUAGGAGUGUAGUGGGGAAAUGGAGCGACUAUUGCAUUUUGUAAUCAUGAAAUAUGGUGCGUUGUGACGACAAACCAGUUUACUUUGAAGUAUGCAAUUCUCGCAUGUACAGUACAACGCUAUUCAUCCCAGCAAUCCCAAGACGU